GCCGCCUUACGACUGAAAACUGCCUCGUAGAAGGUACUACAGAACUGGCAAUAUGGUGCACGUGGUGGAUCGGACCAUUCAACUUGGUUACUUGCUUGCAUUUCCAUAGGUCGGCAAUAUGCUAAAGCCAGAGACAGGUGAAUCUCAUGAAAUCUUUCCAUCCAACGACACUCAUUCUGACUGCACAGCUUUGACAUUCUAGGUCUCGGGAAAGGAAGACGACGUCGCCUGCUGCACUCUCGUGUUUCACACAGCUGUCCUUUACCUAAACUGUCUCGAGAAUGGACAUAGCGUUCCAGUUUAACAACGUCGUCAUCGUGGUCUUAUUCUAUCGCCGAAGUCAUCUGCGAACCGCCUUCGGGAACUUGCUUUCGUCUAGAAAGCACGAAAAUUUCCCGGCUCGAUCAACCGUAGCACAACUAUGAUGUCCGUGGUUCCUAGCAGUCCGAUGGUUUGGAUCGGAGACGCUCGAUUGCUUUGUCGUUCAGUAUGGGGAUGGUUAUUCGAGGGACUCAGUGCGUCUAACUCCUGCGCUCCGGAUUGCUUACGACCGAGUUGCGGUGAGCUGACAACCAAGACGUUUUCUAUGUCUCUUAGGUGAACUCCGAUCCUCUAUCGCCCAAUGCAGGACAUACCCUUGACCAUAAGCUAUGCCCGUCCACUCUCUAGUUGGAUAUUUCUCUGGCGCACAUGUAUUCCCAGUCCUUUCCUGCCCCUUCGUUUGAGCCUCCUAGCUUCUUGCACGUAUAAGUAAGAGGCAUCCCACCACUAAACAGACCUAUUUUCACAAUUCUCAAUAGCCAUUCACCAUGCCUGGCCUCAACGCAUCCUCUUUCCUCUCGUCCGACUUCGUUGUCAUUCAGCAUGACUCCCCUAGCGAGUUCCUCGCUGCAGCAUACCCCACUCUUCGACGACAUGAGGCAUCUGCCAACAUCGUACUUGCUCAUGCACUUAAAAGGGUUACCACGGAAGCCGCUAUGGCAGGCUUUCAGUUCAUCUGCGAUGCCGACGUCGAAGACAUGUUGGCAUGUGCGGAUGAAUAUUCAACGACCCCACAUAAAACCUCUUCCGCAUUUUGGCUCACCUUAUGGGGCCGUCCUACCCCUUCGUCUCCGCUGAGACUUGAGGUUGUUCUCUCAUGUGUCGACUGGACAUUAGGAGAAUAUCCUAUUUUCUUGUGGACGCCUCAUACAGACAAAGCUGCUUCGUCUGCGUGGUCAGAACCGAGGAUGACUUGUAUCACCCAACACCUGGAACAUUGCGUUUCUCCAGAACGUGUAUUCUCAGUAUUCGGCUUCACACCUCUCGUCAAGACGUUCUCCAGGCAGUGGUCCAGUAUGACCGGAUACGCCAUCGAACCCGAGCCGUUCUACGCGGCGUAUUUCUCGUACUGCAACGUGGAUACAUUCAAGCAAUCGAAAGCUUCGCUGCCGGAAGGGCACAGGCUCAGGCGAGCUACACUGGCGGACUUGAGUCAGGUCGCCCAAUUAUGCAAGGAAUUUGCCGAUGAUACGAUCUUCUUUCCCCUAACGCUCGACAGGGCGAUGAUCGAAGCCCGCGAGCUUAUAUUAAAACGACAAAUCUGGGUCUAUGACGCUCAGGGGGACAUCUCCACUAUCUGCGCGGUGACGAGAAACACUCAUCGAGUGUCAGCCAUCACAAAAGUCUACACCACUCCCCGUUGGCGGAGGAGAGGCUGCGCUGAACUGUUGGUCAGGGAUGUAACGGCGAGGCUGUUGUUUGAAUGCGGGAAGGACAAUGUUGUGCUGUAUGUCGGACACGAAAAUAGCGCACAAAAGGUGUAUGAUCGGGUCGGAUUUGUAGGUCUUUGCGGAAAAGACAAGCCCGUCGGUGUCGAAGACUCUUUGGAACUUGGGAUCUGCGGAACAAAAAGAGGACAUUGGUGACCUAUCCCCAUCCUCACUAAUCGACUUUUCUAUUUAAAACACAUCCUAACCUAUUGGACAUUAAUACUUAUCUUAGCAUGAUUCUGUUGAUAGUAGCAUCACGCUAGUCUCAGAAGCGUACCAAGAUUUGUAACAAUGAGCUUAGUACACACUUCGAUGUACAAUAAUCUUCAUAAUCAGUUACGAACGAAGUCCUCGCUCUUUCCUCCCUC